AUUCUCAGGUUCUCAGCAACAGAGGUAGUUAUAUUAACAAUUGCACCAUAAUUCCAUUCAUCAUCCUCCCGAAAUUCGAGGUUUUCCUAGUGGUGGAAAUCGAGCAAUAGAGAUGGCACUUAGUCGGGUUUCCCCGGUUGUUCUGUCUCUGUGGUUGUUAAGUCUGUUGGCAUUAGAAACAUCGGUGAUGGCGGCGUACUAUCCUCCUUCCCCACCCAUCGCCAAGCCCAACUGCACGGACAAGUGCGGGGACAUCACCAUCCCGUUCCCCUUCGGGAUCGGGCCAUCCAGUUGCUUCCUGAAUAGCACGUAUGAGAUCGUCUGCGAUAAUGGGACUAUCCCGGUACUAAAGGCCACCGGUAUGGAGGUGCUUAAUAUCACGAUACCGGGGUAUUUUCCGGCAGGUGAGACAAACCCGUUCAGUGAGUAUAGGGGGAUCUUUAUCGGCACGAUUCAUGUGAGGCUACCAAUUGUCUACUCAAACUGCACCGGCAAAGGGAAUGGCAACAGCGAGGCCUCCAGUUUGCAGGGCACAUCCUUCUACUUCUCCCAGACUGAGAACAUUUUUGGAGCAGUUGGGUGCAACAACCUUGCGGUCAUGGAUGGCUCGGAGUCCUCGAUUGUGGGCUGUGGCUCAAGAUGCAAUGGAAGCACUACUACUGGCAGGUACAGCUAUUGCAACGGUAUGGAUUGUUGUCAGAGUUCGCUUCCGUUGGGUCUUCAGGGCUACAGCAUCGACUUUAAGCUCAUUGAUGAUGAGGACACGUCAGAGGACAAGUGCAAGUAUGCAUUCAUAGCUGAUCAGGAAUGGUUCGGUAUGAAUGAGAAAGAUCUAUAUUCGCUGCGGGACAUGGACUUUGUACCGGCUGUGCUAAACUGGUCCGUACAGAGCAGCAGUCUGAUCCAACUUGGGUUGAGCACGGCAGGCUAUGGUUCUUCCUGUGAUCCUUACAGCCCUUCCUCAAAUCAAUCACAAGUGCUCUAUAGUUGUUAUUGCCGAUAUGGGUACCUUGGCAAUGCACUUCUUAACAAUUGCGAAGAUAUCAAUGAAUGUGAGGAUCCAAGCAUCUGCCCAUCGAAGAGGUGCGUGAAUACUAUCGGAAGCUAUCAUUGCAAGGACCCCAGAAAGGUUGCCAAAUUAGUCGCUAUGGGGAUUGGCAUUGGACUUGGAACAAUACUUUUGUUUCUCCUGGCCAUGUGGUUGUGCAAAGUCAUCAGGAGGAGGAGGGACCAGAAGCUUAAGCAGAAUUUCUUCAAAAGAAAUGGGGGCCUCUUGCUGCAGCAGGAGGUCUCUUCUGGCGAAGGAAAGUAUGUGGAGAGAACCCGAAUAUUCAGCUCGAAUGAGUUGGAGAAGGCAACUGAUAGCUUCAACAAGAACAGGGUACUCGGCCAAGGAGGUCAAGGAACGGUGUACAAAGGAAUGUUGGAAGACGGAAGGAUCGUGGCGAUAAAAAAGUCAAUAGCUAUGGAUUCCGCGCGAGUGGAGCAUUUCAUCAACGAGGUUGUAAUCCUCUCGCAGAUAAAUCACCGGAAUGUGGUGAAGCUAUUAGGAUGCUGUCUGGAGACAGAAGUCCCUCUCUUGGUCUACGAGUUCAUCCCUAACGGAACUCUCUAUGACUAUCUCCACAACCCAACCGACGAUCUUUCGCUUACAUGGGAGAUGAGGCUGAGGAUUGCCUUGGAGGUUGCCGGAGCCCUCUCCUAUCUCCACUUUGCCACCUCAAUACCUGUAUACCAUAGGGAUGUAAAGUCCACGAAUAUAAUGCUCGAUGAGAAGUACCGAGCGAAAGUGGCUGAUUUCGGGACUUCCAAGUCAGUGUCCCUUGAUAGGACCCAUGUGACCACGCAGGUGCAGGGGACCUUUGGGUACCUGGACCCGGAGUACUUCCAAUCAAGCCAGUUUACAGACAAGAGCGAUGUAUACAGCUUUGGAGUUGUACUAGCCGAGCUGCUGACGGGGAAGAGGCCGAUAACGAGGGUGGGGCCCGAAGAGCAUCGGAGCCUCGCUACCUACUUCAUCCUUGCUAUGGAGAGGGACCAGCUUUUUGAGAUUCUUGACAGGCAGGUCAGGGAGCAGGGCGGAAAGGAAGAGAUCACUGAUGCUGCAAAACUCGCGCAACGGUGCCUGAACCUAAGUGGGAGGAAAAGGCCGUCAAUGAGGGAAGUGACAGUGGCUUUGGAGAACCUAAGGAUGUCGCAAACUAGCCGUGAUGGUGAUCAACCGAAUCGUGUACGUCCUGCUGAAACUGAAAGGACUGAAUCCUUUGCUCAGUCUUGGGACGAUUUUUCAACCGGGAUAUUUACAACUGUCGAUGUUGAUAGCAUAGCAUCUUCGGAUGCCCUUCCAACUUCUACGUAACAGAACUAGGUUGAAGAUCUUUCAUAUAUUUUAUUGUAGAAUCUCUUUUCACUAUGAACACUUUCUUCUCGUAUUGUCGGACUUCAAUACAACCUUUCCAAUAGCUUAAAUAAGAGACCCUGUGGUAGUCGUUCGGUGCGAUUUAUGUUCACGUAAGUUUGUAUUCAUAAUAUUUAUGAAACGUUAUUGGUUUCAUUUGUACCCCA